AUGGCUGACCUCGUCACGACCCAGGCCAGCUCCGAGAAGAACGUCCAGUUCGGCCCCGCGACCCCGGCGCAGCGCGACGCCGCAUGGCGCCUCAACGGCGUCUCUUGGGCCCCGCCUAUGUCCAUCGAGGCGUACAUCACCCGUGAGACCGCGCUCUCCAAGACGAAGCUCUCGGAAAACUGCACCUACUAUGUCCUCUUCGACCCCGCCGACCCGCAGCACAUCAUCUCCUCCUGCGAAGCAACCGCCAAGACUCUCUUCGUCCGCGACGCCUCCGGAGCCUUCCGCGAGGAGAAGGCCUACGCUAUCGCUUCCGUGUACACGAACCCGUCUCACCGAGGCCACGGCAUGGCCACACUUCUCCUAAACAAACUCAAGGAAGCCAUGGACGCCGAUUCCAAGGCAAGUGUGCUCUACAGCGACAUCGGAACGGUGUACUACGCGCAGUUGGGCUGGACGGUUUAUCCCUCGCUUCAGGUGUCGUUGAUCCCGGAUGAUGCGUCGGCGUUGCAGCCCACGCCGCCGGAGGGCGUGCGAUAUCUCACCGCGGACGAGGCCCCCGCCUUCUGUGACAAGGACGUCGCCCUGCUUAGGAAGAAGUUUGAGAAUCUGCCCGCGGACGGCAAGCCUCACAUCGCGUUUGCGCCGUCGGCGGCGCAGAUCACCUGGCACUUCACCAGGGACGGCUUCAUGGCGAAGGAGCUCGCCAAGCGGGAAGUGGCCAACCGCGGGGCCGUCACGGCGGAUGGCAAGGCCUGGGUCUACUGGGAUUACGACUUCCGCGAGAAGAAGCUCAAGGUGCUACGCGUUGCGGGAGACCCUCAGGCCGAUGUGACUGCGCUGCUGCAUGCCGCGGUGCUGGAAGCCUCGAACUGGGGGCUGGCCAAGGUGCUGGUAUGGAACCCGGACGACGGUGUCGCGGCGUCGGCGAAGAAGGUGAGUGAUCGUACUGAUGGCGCUGUGAGGGUUGUUUUUGAUGAGAGGUUGGACGGGAGUAUCCCCAGCUUGCGGUGGAAGAGCGAAGGGGAGGCUGUGUGGGAGGAUAAUGAGUACUAUGCAUGGUGCUAG